ACUGCAUUUCUGAGUAUCCACGUAGCCCAUAUUUUGCUCAAACCGAGGAAAAAUGGUAGAAUACGUGGCCUCCGUUUUACAAAACCUAGCUAAAUUAUUACCGCAUCUACGCCCAGCCAAUCUACACCCUUUCUCAUAGCCGUCCGAUCUAAUUAUCUCAUCUCAAUCACAACCCAUUAUUCCUACUACAUGUCACAUCCACUUACAGACCGCAGCUACUUAUACCACCCUCCACCGCCUCUUUAUCGUAAUAACCCAUUAAUCUCUUUCUUUCUCUGCGCUUUCUCCUUCUACAGUAUUUAGAAAUGGCUGGAACUGGGGUGGUGGCAGUUUACGGCAACGGAGCAAUCACCGAAACCAAAAAGUCCCCCUUUUCCGUGAAGGUGGGUCUAGCCCAGAUGCUAAGAGGCGGUGUUAUCAUGGACGUCGUAAAUCCCGAGCAGGCCCGCAUAGCCGAGGAGGCUGGCGCUUGUGCUGUCAUGGCUUUGGAGCGUGUGCCAGCCGAUAUCCGCGCUCAAGGUGGCGUCGCCCGCAUGAGCGACCCUCAGCUUAUCAAAGAAAUCAAACAGUCGGUCACUAUACCCGUUAUGGCGAAAGCCCGCAUCGGCCACUUCGUGGAGGCCCAAAUCCUUGAAGCUAUAGGCAUCGAUUAUGUCGACGAGAGCGAGGUGCUUACCCCUGCUGAUGAAGAGAACCACAUCAACAAACAUAACUUCCGCAUCCCCUUCGUUUGCGGUUGCCGGAACUUAGGCGAAGCGCUUCGAAGGGUACGCGAGGGAGCUGCCAUGAUUAGAACCAAAGGGGAAGCAGGGACCGGGAAUGUAAUCGAAGCGGUUAGGCACGUGAGGUCUGUGAUGGGUGAUGUUAGGGUUUUGAGGAACAUGGACGACGACGAGGUGUUCAGUUUUGCCAAGAAGAUUGCUGCGCCGUACGAUUUGGUUAUGCAGACGAAGCAGCUAGGGAGGCUACCUGUGGUGCAGUUCGCGGCGGGAGGGGUCGCGACGCCGGCGGACGCAGCGUUGAUGAUGCAGUUGGGUUGCGAUGGGGUGUUUGUGGGGUCUGGGGUGUUCAAGAGCGGGGACCCCGCCAGGAGGGCCCGAGCAAUUGUGCAGGCGGUGACGCAUUAUAGCGAUCCCGACAUGCUCGCGGAGGUGAGUUGCGGUCUCGGUGAGGCUAUGGUGGGUAUCAAUUUAAACGACAAGAAGGUGGAAAGGUUCGCAAACAGGUCGGAAUAGGUGUUAUGUCGUUUUGUUUGGAGGUGAGGUUUAAAGGCCUUGCUGUUUGGCAAUUAUGUUAUUUUAAAGACUUAAUUUUUAUGGUUUCUAAUUAUUUUUUAUAAUUUUUGGUUUGAAAACAGAUGUUUGAUUAUGGCUUUGUAAUUGAAUAAUUGUUUAAUCAGUGAUAUAUUUUAUUUUUAUA